AUGGCCAUUAAAAAAGGAGAGAAGAUGUAUUUUACAUGUAAUGACCUCAUCAUGUCACCAUAUGAAACAUGCAGUGGGAAAAAUAAGACAAUAGCACAGUCUUGUGAUGUGAAAAUCAUGAAACGAAAAUAUACAAAUUCAUUUAGAAUAAACAAAACAUGGAUGCACACUCCUGAAGCCUUAUCAAAGCAUUAUAUUCCCUAUAAUGCAAAGUUUCUUGGCAGUACAGAAGUGGAGCAGCCCAAAGGCACAGAAGUCGUAAGAGAUGCUGUUAGAAAAUUAAAGUUUGCAAGACAUAUCAAGAAAUCUGAAGGCCAGAAGACACCCAAAGUUGAAUUACAAAUCUCAAUCUAUGGUGUAAAAAUUCUCGAUCCAAAAACAAAGGAAGUCCAGCACAACUGUCAGCUCCACAGGAUAUCAUUUUGUGCCGAUGAUAAAACUGACAAGAGAAUAUUUACUUUCAUAUGCAAAGACUCAGAGUCAAAUAAGCAUCUGUGCUAUGUAUUUGACAGUGAAAAGUGUGCAGAAGAGAUAACUUUAACAAUUGGUCAAGCAUUUGACUUAGCUUACAGGAAAUUUCUGGAAUCUGGAGGAAAAGAUGUUGAAACAAGGAAACAAAUUGCAGGUUUACAGAAAAGAAUUCAAGAAUUAGAAACUGAAAAUACAGAACUGAAAAAUAAAGUUCAAGAUUUGGAAAACCAGUUAAGAAUAACACAAGUACAUUCAUCUCCACUGCUGCACAUAAAGUGUGAUAAUGAUGAACACAUGUUUCAAAGACCCUCUGCUUUUUUCUGGUGUAACAAUGAGGAUUCACCUCCUUGUUUAGAUAUCUCUUCCAUUACGCUUACUCCUAGGAGUUCUCCUGACUCUAGACUACCAUCUGGAUUGUUAAUACCACCACCUUCAAAAAGUGGUCUUCCAAAGCCAGCCAGUGAAUACAGCUGCCCAAGACCUCGUGCAGGCAGUGUGACACCUAAAUCACCCUCCACUGACAUCUUUGAUAUGGUUCCCUUUUCUCCCAUAUCCCCUCAGUCAUCAACACCUACUCGCAAUGGUACACAGCCUCCUCCAGUACCCAGUAGAUCUACAGAGAUCAAGAGAGACCUUUUUGGAGCAGAACCUUUUGACCCUUUUAGCUGUGGAGCAGGAGAUUUCCCUCCAGACAUUCAGUCCAAACUAGAUGAGAUGCAGCGUCAGCGAUGGUUGGUAUAUCAUAUUUUAAUAAUGGAGGGGUUCAAAAUGGGAUUAACUCUUGAAGGCACAGUAUUUUGUCUUGACCCACUAGACAGCAGGUGCUGA